CGCGGCCGCCGCCGCCUCCCGGCGCCCCCGGGGCAGGCGGGAGCGCAACCGACCCCUCGCCGCGGCUCAGACCUCGCCGGCGCGCGGUUGGUAGGAGGAGAGCAUUGAAGCUGUUUUCUCCUUGAUGCCAAGAUACGUGAAGCUAGGAGCACUCUCUUUUCACAUUCAUCCGUCAAGAACAGGCCCGCAGAACGUGAGGACCAAGACUAGAGCUUUGCUGCUCCCUGGCCACUCCCUGCUGCCUGUGGGAAUGGCCCAUGUCAGCAACUGAGCACUGCCUGAGUGGCGAGGAGCACCAGCAUGGGUGACCCCAUUGGCUGCCCUCAGCCACCCUGCUGCUGAAGCAGCCCUGGAGAGACUUGUGGGGGCUGCCCUGCCCAUGCUCACCCAGGCUGUGGGGCCAGGGGCCUGCCAAGGCUAGGAGUGGGGCCUGCCCUUCAUGGGUCUCUAGGGAUUUCCGAGAUGCCUGGGAAGACAGGCUGGGGCUGGUGGUGGGCCCGGCUGCCUCUUUGCCUGCUCCUUAGCCUUUAUGGCCCCUGGGUGCCUUCCUCCCUGGGGAAGCCCAAGGGCCACCCCCACAUGAAUUCCAUUCGCAUAGAUGGGGACAUCACACUGGGCGGCCUGUUCCCAGUGCACGGUCGGGGUUCAGAGGGCAAGGCCUGUGGAGAACUUAAGAAGGAGAAGGGCAUCCAUCGGCUGGAGGCCAUGCUCUUUGCCCUGGAUCGCAUCAACAAUGACCCGGACCUGCUGCCCAACAUCACGCUGGGCGCCCGCAUUCUGGACACCUGCUCGAGGGACACCCAUGCCCUCGAGCAGUCCCUGACCUUUGUGCAGGCGCUCAUCGAGAAGGAUGGCACAGAGGUCCGCUGUGGCAGUGGCGGCCCCCCCAUCAUCACCAAACCGGAACGUGUGGUCGGUGUCAUCGGUGCUUCAGGGAGCUCUGUCUCCAUCAUGGUGGCCAACAUCCUUCGCCUCUUCAAGAUCCCCCAGAUCAGCUACGCCUCCACAGCCCCCGACCUGAGUGACAACAGCCGCUACGACUUCUUCUCCCGUGUGGUCCCGUCGGACACGUACCAGGCCCAGGCCAUGGUGGACAUCGUCCGUGCCCUCAAGUGGAACUACGUGUCCACGCUGGCCUCGGAAGGCAGCUAUGGUGAGAGUGGUGUGGAGGCCUUCAUCCAGAAGUCCCGGGAGGAUGGGGGCGUGUGCAUCGCGCAGUCAGUGAAGAUACCGCGGGAACCCAAGCCUGGGGAGUUUGACAAGAUCAUCCGUCGCCUCCUGGAGACCUCAAACGCCAGGGCGGUCAUCAUCUUUGCCAAUGAGGAUGACAUCAGGCGUGUGCUAGAGGCGGCACGGAAGGCCAACCAGACAGGCCACUUCUUCUGGAUGGGCUCGGACAGCUGGGGCUCUAAGAGCACACCGGUGCUGCACCUGGAGGAGGUGGCUGAGGGUGCAGUCACUAUCCUCCCCAAGAGGAUGUCUGUGCGAGGCUUCGACCGCUACUUCUCCAGCCGCACGCUGGACAACAACCGGCGCAACAUCUGGUUUGCCGAGUUCUGGGAGGACAAUUUCCACUGCAAGCUGAGCCGCCACGCGCUCAAGAAGGGCAGCCACGUCAAGAAGUGCACCAACCGAGAACGCAUUGGGCAGGACUCAGCAUAUGAGCAGGAGGGGAAGGUGCAGUUUGUGAUCGAUGCUGUGUAUGCCAUGGGCCAUGCGCUGCACGCCAUGCACCGUGACCUGUGUCCCGGCCGCGUGGGUCUCUGCCCCCGCAUGGACCCCGUGGAUGGCACCCAACUGCUCAAGUACAUCCGCAGUGUCAACUUCUCAGGCAUCGCAGGGAACCCUGUGACCUUCAAUGAGAACGGAGACGCCCCUGGGCGCUAUGACAUCUACCAGUACCAGUUGCGCAAUGGCUCUGCUGAGUAUAAGGUCAUCGGCUCCUGGACUGACCACCUGCACCUCAGAAUAGAGCGGAUGCACUGGCCAGGGAGUGGGCAGCAGCUGCCCCGCUCCAUCUGCAGCCUGCCCUGCCAGCCGGGUGAGCGGAAGAAGACAGUGAAGGGCAUGCCCUGCUGCUGGCACUGUGAGCCCUGCACGGGGUACCAGUAUCAGGUGGAUCGCUACACCUGUAAGACCUGUCCGUAUGACAUGCGGCCCACGGAGAACCGCACAGGCUGCCGGCCCAUCCCCAUCAUCAAGCUUGAGUGGGACUCGCCUUGGGCUGUGCUGCCCCUCUUCCUGGCGGUGGUGGGCAUCGCUGCCACACUUUUCGUGGUGGUCACCUUCGUGCGCUACAAUGACACACCCAUCGUCAAGGCCUCAGGCCGUGAGCUGAGCUACGUGCUGCUGGCCGGCAUCUUCCUGUGCUACGCCACCACCUUCCUCAUGAUCGCUGAGCCUGACCUGGGGACCUGCUCUCUGCGCCGGAUCUUCCUGGGGCUGGGCAUGAGCAUCAGCUAUGCGGCCCUGCUCACCAAGACCAACCGCAUCUACCGAAUCUUCGAGCAGGGCAAGCGGUCGGUCAGUGCUCCGCGCUUCAUCAGCCCUGCCUCACAGCUGGCCAUCACCUUCAGCCUCAUCUCCCUGCAGCUGCUCGGCAUCUGUGUGUGGUUUGUGGUGGACCCCUCCCACUCGGUGGUAGACUUCCAGGACCAGCGGACGCUCGACCCCCGCUUUGCCAGGGGCGUGCUCAAGUGCGACAUCUCAGACCUGUCGCUCAUCUGCCUGCUGGGCUACAGCAUGCUGCUCAUGGUCACGUGCACCGUGUACGCCAUUAAGACGCGCGGUGUGCCCGAGACCUUCAACGAGGCCAAGCCCAUUGGCUUCACCAUGUACACCACCUGCAUCGUCUGGCUCGCCUUCAUCCCCAUCUUCUUUGGCACCUCGCAGUCGGCAGACAAGCUGUACAUCCAGACCACGACGCUGACGGUCUCGGUGAGUCUGAGCGCCUCGGUGUCCCUGGGGAUGCUCUACAUGCCCAAGGUCUACAUCAUCCUCUUCCACCCGGAGCAGAAUGUGCCCAAGCGCAAGCGCAGCCUCAAAGCUGUUGUCACCGCCGCCACCAUGUCCAACAAGUUCACACAGAAGGGCAGCUUCCGGCCCAAUGGUGAGGCCAAGUCUGAGCUCUGCGAGAACCUCGAGACGCCAGAUGGUGAGACCGAAGCUCCGCUGAAGGACUCUGGGGCCCCUGGCUUGUAGCUGAGGGCCGAAUGCGCUUCCAGGUUCUGGAACCCAAGGACUGGAUUUUCUGUUGGAGACAGCUCUGGUCUUAGAGGGACAGCAGGGCCCAAGUGUCCCACACCUCCUCACCACUUUGUCUCCUCCUGCCUGCCUGCCUCGUUGCCCCUGCCCUCGGGUGCCCGUUGCCCUGCAGCUGGUGGAGGUUUUGCUGCUUCUGCUGCAGUGUUCCUUCACCUCUGAGCCACAGCUGCUGACGGCUUUACAGGUUUGGAAACUCCAUUUUAUCAGUUCACCCAGGGGGUGAUGGAGCCCUGGGGAACUGAUUCUCACCGGCCUGGCCUGCAGCUCGUGAUUCACAGAGCCGGCUCUUUUUCUGACCGCGCUGGAGAGAGCAGGGUGGAGAUGUGGGGCUGUGGGGAGCCCCUUGGGGAAAGAAGUCUGGGCAAAAAAGGGUGCUCUCAUGUUGUGGGUGGGGAAACUGAGGCCUGGCAGGGCAGGAGCUGCCAGAGGUCACAGAGGGAGGGAGCUAGAGGCUUCUGUCCCCAGAGUGCUGAUCUGUGCACUCUCCCGCCUCCCUUUCAGCACCUCUACCCUCGUGGCCUGGCUCCUGUGCCCAAGUGUGCCAGCCCAGUCCCCUUCUGGGUGCUCCCCUCUCAAAAACAGCCCCGUCCAUGGUCCUUCUUCCCUCCCGGUCAGCUGGCACCCUGGAGGCACAUGGGUCAUUUUAGAAACGAAGGGGGCACGUCUUGGCACACUGUGAGGUGCCGGGCUCUUACCCUCUUCUGAAGUCGCAGCGCCCGUCUCCUCCCAUUGUACCUAUCCGGGUGGCACCGCAGACUCGCAACUUCCUGGCUGCUGCCCAGCCAAGUGAUUGUUCAUGUUCUGCUUGAAUAUUUCAAGUAGGGAACUGAGCCACCACACAGGGCCACCCUCUCCACGCAGGAGAAAGUUCUUCCUUUAGUGCACCUGGACUCCAUGCCACCCCUGUGCUGCCCCAUUGGCCCUACGUUGUACCCCUCUGCUCACCCCACCCCGACAAGUUUGCUUCUGGCCACACUUGAUGGGCCCUCUGGGAGUUGGGCCCAGCACCCUGCCUAUGUUGGUGGGCUUCCAGCUACACGGGUGCAGUGGGUGAGCAGGAUCAGGAACCGGGUUUCUUCAUCUUGCUCCGUCAGCUCCCAGGGGGUUGUGUUGGGCUGGUCACUCUGUGUCUGUUCUGCUCACAGAAGGCAGAAGAGAGGAAGUAUAGGAGAAACAGGUUGUUUUUAUCAAAUGACAUGCUGGUUGCACACAGCCCUUUCACUCACAUGCCAUUAGCAGGAAUGUCAUCAAGUGGGGAGUGUGGGAAAUGCAGCCUUAACUGCUGUCCUGCGUCCAGCAAAAAUGGGGUAAAGGGGACCGGAGCCUGCCAUACUGUUCCCCUUGGUGUCCCUGGCCAAGCCUGGUGGAUGCACUCCUUUUCUGAGUAGACAGGCCCUUGAUGGAGCGUCAGGGCAGUUUUGCGCCAGGACUGUCUCCCACCCAGCUUCCUCUGCACACCGGCACUCAGCCCCCAGCUUCCACCCCAGGCAGCAAUCCUGUCUCCACUGAGCUGUCCUGGGCCAUGCAGGGAAACUCUGGGUGUGGACAGGACAAAACCAAGGACCUGGCCAGGGUCCUCACCCCUCUGGCCUCUCAGUGCCUCAUUUGUCACAGGAGGGUGGCACUUACCUGGCCUUGUCAGUAAGCUGCUGUGAGGCCUGAGCCCCAGCCAUAUGGAGGUAGAGGAGACUCGUGCUUCCCAGAAGAGUUGACAUUGUCACCCAGCUGUGGGGGUGGGAGGAGGAAGGCCCCAGGGGGCCGAGGCCGGGAAACAAGGGGUACCCAGACAUGCAGCCCUGGUCCCAGUGGUGGCUGAGUGAGGGCCAGAGCCGACGGCUGCAGAGAGGGGAGACUCAAGGCUGGGGGGAGACAGGGGCACUCAGAAAUGGGAAGUUGGCCACACUGAGGCCUGAUGGAACCUGGAGGCCUUCCGCCUUCCUUGAGUGAGGGGUGGAGGCUGAGUUAGCCAGAGGGCCCGGCUGGUCAACUAGUUGGUGUCUAGCCUCGCAAAGCCCCCCACUCUGGUUCCAUCAUUCAUUCCCUCUGUCCCAGCUGGCUACUCCCUUCCCCUAGGCUGCCAGGCCACGUAUCAUGUCUGUUCUUCGCAUGUGCUCUUCCAGAAUGUGUGCUGUUGACCUGAAAAACUUCUGUUGAUAAUACCUUAAGGCUAUAUAUAUCAAAUAAAAAUGAUUCUCCUCGAGUGUGGUGGAGUCGGGAGGUGGCAGGGGCUUCACUGGGGGUUGGGUUUUGGGGGA